AUUUAAUUUAAAAUCAGUUGCAUAAAACAUUUAGGGACAAGCAAAUAUUUAAUUAAUGACGGUUCAUUUAAAAAAAUUAUAGUGUCUAUAUUUGGAUUAUUUUAUAAUGUUAGGUAUAAAUAUAUUUAACAUUUACGAAUAGGUGUACCAACUAUAAAGCAUGAAUAUUAAAGUAAAACUAAUAUUAUUAAUAUUGGCUUACAAUGUUGAUGGAUGGGUUUGGCAAUGCGAACAAAAUAAUAAUUGCGUGCGUACGGAAAAAUCUCCUAACUAUACGUAUCCUUCAAUUAAUACUUGUAGGUUAGCAUGUGGAUCCUUUAGAUCCUUAUGGCCCCAGCCAACAGGCAAAGUUGCUUUAAGUCAGGAACUGGAGUUAAUUGAUAUAAGAGACUUGCAAAUUGUGAUAAACGCUCAAGGAGAUGCAGUGCAGUAUUUGGACAAAGUCUCUGAUUAUUUUAAGGAAUUAUUAAAUAUGGAAAAAACCAACUGUGAUAUCGAAGCCAAAAAAUUAAAAAUUGUUUUGAUUUCCACAUCAUCUGAUGUCAAUUUGUUAUGGAAAACGGACGAAAGCUAUUCGUUAAAAAUUGAAACCGAUAACGAAAUAAAAGCCACGAUAACAGGUCCUACAGUUUUCGGUGUCAGACAUGGUUUGGAAACCUUGUCUCAGCUGGUAACAAAAUACAAAAUUUCCGAACAAAAAUCUUGUCUGGUUACCUUAAAAAACGGAAAAAUCAACGACACACCUGCCUAUGCUCAUCGAGGACUUUUAAUCGAUACAGCAAGAAACUACCAGUCACUUUCCACUAUCAAAAGACACAUUGACGGGAUGGCUUCUUCAAAAAUGAACGUUUUGCAUUGGCACAUCACCGAUUCCCAGAGCUUCCCUUUGGUGUCGACAAGAAUACCAAACAUGUCAAAUUAUGGUGCCUAUUCAGAAAAACAAACAUAUAGCCCCGAAGACGUAAAAGACCUAAUGGAUUACGCUUUGAUACGUGGAGUACGCGUAAUAUUGGAGCUGGACGCCCCUGCCCAUGUAGGCAGUGGCUGGGAAUGGGGCCCUGAAGCUGGACUUGGUAACUUGGGCGUUUGCAUUCAUCAGCAACCUUGGAGGAGCUACUGCAUUCAACCGCCUUGCGGACAACUAAAUCCCAUGAACCCCAACGUCUAUAAAGUCUUGGAGUUGUUGUAUCAGGAUUUUGUGGAUUUAAAUCCUAAUGCUGAUAUGUUUCAUAUGGGGGGAGAUGAGGUUUUUAUUCCAUGUUGGAAUUCCACCAAUGAAAUAACCGAUUCCCUGAAAGAUAGAAGCGAAAAAGCAUUUUUAGAUUUGUGGGCAUCAUUUCAACAGAAAGCAUUGGAUAAAUACGACAAAGUAAGAAAUAAUCAUAAAACAAACUUAAUUUUGUGGACAAGCCAUCUAACGAAUCCAGCGUACAUCGAAUCGUACCUACCAAAAGAUAGGUACAUAAUACAAACGUGGGUUCCUCAAGAAGAUGAGUUACCCAAAGAAUUGCUUAAAUUAGGUUACAAGUUGAUAAUUUCCACCAAAAACAAAUGGUAUCUUGAUCAUGGAUUUUGGGGUACCACCCCUUACUACAACUGGAGGGCCGUUUAUAACAACAUAAUACUUAGAGGAGAAGGAGUGUUGGGAGGAGAGGUUUGUAUGUGGGGUGAACUGGUGGACAAUCAGAACGUUUUACAAAGAACUUGGCCGAGAGCUGCAGCUGCAGCUGAGCGUCUAUGGUCAGAUCCCUCCACCACAUCGGAACAGGCUGAAAACCGGUUUUUCACUCACAGAGACCGACUACUUUUUAGGGGAAUCAAUGCGGAAGCAGUGGUGCCAAAAUGGUGCUCCCAAAAUGAGGGUAAAUGCAAUUCAUACUUACCAUAAUAGUUUUAAAUAAAAUUGUUUAUAUAAAUUAAGU